AUGGACCUGUCCGACAUUCCGUUCAAUGUGCCAGUAAUCAUCCAAACGAUACGAACGAAAAAAAAUCUGCAGAAUCCUCCCGGGUCCAAGAAAGCUCGUUGCCAGACGGACAAUCGUGACAUAUACGAGCACGUCAUUCUGCACCAUGUUCGUGACGACAAGGUCGCUAUCGAGUCUCGACGCAACGGCCGCUUCUUGCAAGUGCGAACGUCGGGGAAAUGCGUGUUCGAUCCUACGGAACCUGGUGAAUGGGAACUUUUCACCAUGGAGACGAACUGGAAGUGUUCCCUUUUCUUUGUGUCAUGCCACACAGGAAACGUCCUCCAAUGUGCCGAUCCCGGUAUUGUUCAAUGUGCAAAUAAGCAUCGUGAGAGCUGGGAAGCGUGGGGUAUCUUAGAGCCUCGCAGCACGGCUACCACCUCCCAGAUGCAGCAAGAGUUGAAUCCAAGUUAUUCUCUAUAUAAUAAGGACCGCGUGAACUUGGUGCUGGAGCUUGCAAAGUGUGGCAAAACACCGGACGAGAUCGAGCAGAUCCUGAAACGACUAUUUACAGGUUCAGCCGCCACAAGUGCUGCAAGCUCGGCAGUAGCUGUAUCAAUCCAAAAAGAUUAA